CAGGCCACUAUACAAACAAAUCUAUCAGCACUGCUUGAAAAGUUUGAAAGACCCAAAUAUUCUUGGAUGAAGAGGAGAAUCCAGGAAAUUUUUCCGCAUUGGAUAAAGGCUGUUGAAGAACUUGGAUCGAGGGUGAACUUACAUGGUCGAAGAAGAAAAAAGGUGUAAGAGUCUACUGCCAUUUUUCAAAGGCGAAAUGCUUUUAGGUGUGGAUAGAUAUUGAGAGUUUCAACCCGGGACCACUAAAUUACAACAAUAGUUGCAAUUGGAAAUUGGAUGUUUAGAUUCAUUCAAAUAAACCUCUAAUAAAUUUACAACAAAUCUGUCGUGAUUUCUUAAGCGUGAAAGGAAAAUCUUUCGUUCUUUUGAUAGAUUUUGGUUUACAUGGCAGCAAUAGAGGGGAACAAGUUUCUGGAUAGGGCCUUCAAGGGAGGCCCUUUAGGGGAACUGGUUCAGUGGUCUGACCUUAUAAGUGCCUUGUAUAUUUUAGGCCACAAGCUAGAAAUCGGUCUUAUGAAAGAAGAAGUUCAAAGGUAAAGAACGUUAUUGAUUUCACAGGCCUCUCAUUGUCUUGUUAGUUUCUACCAAAGCGCAAAUCAGUACGAUACAUCUCUUUUUUAUGAUUUCAUCUGCAGGCUUAACAACAUUUGAUUUAGCAGUUUGCGAAAGAUUUUAACCGAUUUUUAGCGCAUGUUAUGAAUUUGAUUUUCCCAACUAUUCUCACAUUUAAUAGCCAGGAUAAAUGUAAAGAGAAGUUCAAUUUUGAUUUAAGGAUUAACUAGGUUGAAUAGUUUCCAAGAACGCCAAGUGCGACUGAUAUGAUUUUUUCUAAGCCAUUUUUCAUCGUUACGACGAGUUACAAUUAUUUGAGCUGAUUUCUGUUUUUUGCUGCCAUUUAGUUUCUUGUUAAUUUAUUAUAAACCUACUCGUGCACGAAAGAAGAUUUUAAAUAGGUACUGAGUUUAUAGUUUUUAUUUUUUUAGCCUCCUGGUUGCUCCGGCUUUAGAUGGUUGUGCGCGCCAAAAACUGCAGAAUGAAUCUGAUCUCAUUUUCACUGACAUUUUGGGAGUGAAUGCCAUAGCUGGACACACUGGACCAGAUUAUUCGCGAUACAAGUGAGUAUGUUCUCGAUAAAUCUGCAUGGGUCAUGCACGAAACAACAAUCAAGCUGUUGAAAACAUGCCACCUCAGCGACAACAACGACAACAGACAGCCCAACAGACGUAAGGGAAGAACUCGUAGACAGUUAAGGGAGAGACAAAAAUAUAAACAGACAGAAAGACAGACCGGUAGACAAACAGAGAGAGAGAGACCAACAGAUAAGAACACAGACGAACACUCAGGCAAAAAGACAGACAGAGAGAGAGGUAGACAAACAGAAAGACAAAGAGACUAUCAGAUAAGGAGACAGACGGACACUCAGGCAAAAAGACAGACAGAAAAAGAGGCUCAUAAAACAAAUAAUUAAACGAACAGAGAGGCAAACAGACAAGGAGAAAGACGGACACACAGGCAAAUAAGCAAAAAGUGACACAGACAGAGAGGCAGAAAAAUAGACAGCCAGAUGGACAGACAGAAAGACAAAGAUCAAGAGACAGUCAAAAAAACUGAACAGAGAGAGAGGUAUAAUGAUUGACAGACAGACCGACAGACGAACAGAAAGACAAACAACAGACUGACAGGCAUACAGACAAAGACACAGACGAGUAGACAGAGAGACUGACGAGUGACAAAGCGAUACCAUACUGAUUAACAAGUAGACAAUCAAAUAAAGAAACAGGCAAACGGGUCGACCGCUUUCAAAGACACAGAGAAGUCCUCAUAUCUACCGACUGUUGUUGUUGUAGAAGCUUAAAACUUAAAUUCAGAGAUAAGAACCGGUUUGGGCCGGGACUCGCGUUAUUCUUAAGUUCCUGAAAAAUACAACAUUCGACAUCAUUAUAAUACUAACGAUUCUCGUCACAAUUUAAGUUUCCUUUGAUUACUUUUUAAUCUGCACUAUUUAUCUGUUUCGUUGACGAUUAAAAUUCAUUGUUUAGUUCAAAAGAAGAUGACUAUGGUUAACUUACAUUUCGUUCUGCAGGUGCAAAUUACGUGUCUUAGAUUCGUUUGGAACAGACGCAGAAUUUAACUAUAAACGUUACAAGUGGGAAAUUCCUGGAGGGAGAUCUGGGUGGGGAGAUCUGGACCUUCACCUCGCACAGUUUAUGACUAUGUUCCGUAAGUAUCAACUCAUAACAGAAUUUUCAACUUUUCGCAAAGUCUAGAAAGCAUAACAUUUCCCCGAAAUGGAAAAAAUUACCUUUACCUCGAGGGAAGCGCAACACGCUGGUUUGAUAACUAGCACUGGUUGUACAUGACAAACUUCCAAAUUAAAGGUAAAUAGUCAAAUAUUGGUUGAAAAUUUUUGAUCUCUCUAUUUUUAGACCAUGAGAGCGAAUUUUGAAAAGAAACGGACGAGAAGAACUGAGUUGACAACGUUAAUUGGCCAACGUAAUGAGUUUCUACUGAAAAUCAGCGUUUCGAAUGUUAGCCCUUUCGUCAGCAUUCGCUCUGAGAAGGGCUGACGCUCGAAACUUCAGCUUUGGAGAAUCUUUACGGUGGGCAAUUUACAUCACCUACUCAUUUGAUCAAACAAAAUCGCCUUGUUAUACCCCCCUCCCCCACCAAAAAAAAACAAAACAAAACAAAACAAAACAAAAACAAACAAACAAAAAAACAAGAUGCAGUACUGCUGUUUCUUUAAGAGCUUAUUCCCUUUACUCAGCUGUCGGAAAACUUAGGCCUAAUUGUUAAGCUGGAGAAACAAUGAUAUGUCUUUUUCGUUUGUAGCACAUAGUCCUGACAAUUCCUUCCUGGGUUUUGCUGUUCCGUCAAAAGCUCAAGAAAAUAACAUUAGUCGAAAUAAGCCAAAUAAUCGAGUCUUAGUAUAUGGAAAGGUUCCAGCGUUUUGGAAGGUGAGCCCCACGAAAUUUUUUAAAGCAACUAUUCUAGCUUCGAGUGGCGACGAAUAAAUAUCAGUGCAGUGAACGCAGCGAGGAUGGCCCGGCGUGUCUUAUGUCUACGACAAUCCAACAGAUAGCGCUGUCUGAUGGGUCGAUUGAGACGCGACGUAUCCGUCAUAAUUCUACCUGUGAAUUCCAUCGUUUCGAUUCCACUGAGGUCUUCUACGCUCACUCCACUUCCUUGGCUAGAAUCUAACAAUAGGAUUUUUAGUCCGACACAAAAACUUUUCUUCUGGAGACGAUUGUUUUCCAUUCAGACACCUUUAGCGAACCAUAUACAUUGUCCAUUUCUAAAAAACUCAUUUAGUACUCAUGUCACGCGUUAUCCUUUCAUCGUCAGGGUCGUGCUAACUACAUUGACACAGUGAAAAAAUACUUCAACGAGGUUCACGCUACUUUGAGCGGAACGAACGUAAGUAAUAUUUGAGUCAAGAACUUUGCAAGCUCAGACCCCAGCCAAAGUGGAUCCCUUAUUGGGGGACCACCGAGAAAAACGCUUGUUGCCAAUUCAUGAUUAGUUCUAACAGAGUAAUUAAGUAUUAUUGACUGGGUUGGUAAGGUAAAUUGGCCACCGUAAAGAGUUUUAAAGCAGACGUUUCGAGCGUUAGUCCUUCGUCAGAGCCGGAAGAUGACUGGUUUUAGUUUCGUAUCUGAUUAAAUAUACACAGAAGUAAUGUCAGUUUAAUCCACCUUCGAUUAUAACUUUUAUAGUAUUCCUACCUCAUUUACGAAAAUUCGCGCCCGAGUAUGGUUUUGUAUUUUUCAUCUGGAGAUCCUUCUGAUAACGAUGCGUAUCAAAUUUUACCAGGCCGCGCCUUGAAGGUGAAGUUUAUGGGAUGGAAUUGGGUAUACUGACUUGUACACCAAAUUAAAGACGUUUCGAUUUUAUUCUUACUUGCGAUGUUUCGUAGGAAACACAGCGACAGCAUGAUGUGCCUAGAUAUGUCAUUAACCAUGGGAUAAUCAAUAUCACAUCGCUUAUGAAUCUUUUGCAAUCUAGUAAGGUAGGUGUUUAGUUUGUUACAAAGCGACAAUCAGCGGAACUGACAUGAAAGACUUAUUAUAGCAUUUCUUUUAUGCAACUUUAUAUUACAGUUUCAAUUAAAACAACUAAGUGUUUUUUUUUUGCUUUUGUAAUCAUUUUUUUAGUUAUACGAUCUUACCUAGUUUUGAAGGAGGCUCUCGUUAUUUUUUUCCUAUUUUUGUUUUUGUUUGCUUGUUUGUUUUUUGCGAGCAUGAUUCCCUUUUUUAAGUUCCUUUGUUUCGUCCACUUGUCACCUCGGUAUUAAAAACUCUUCUUUAGUUGUUUUCCAUUCCUUUUAAGCAAUUUUAACAACGCAUAUUUGCUUUUGAUGAAAUUUUCGUAAACAAGGAAACAAAAUCAUUGAAAUGUCUUAACCUCAAAUGAUUUUUUUUCUUCUUAUUUCUUCAUUUAUUUUGAAUUUUUCUCCUUAAGGUAUUUGUAGGGCUUGGUGAACCGUUCGAAGGACCAGCAGCCCUUGAGGCCUUGGCUAAUGGUUGUUUUUUCAUUAAUCCCAAGGUGAUGUCUAUUUUGUAACUAGGCGUCUCAAUGGCAUAAUGGCUUUUAUAGCUAACGGUUAAAAACUUGGCCAAAUUUACGGCUAAUGGUUGAUAUCUUUUCAUUGCGGUCACCAAAAGCUUUUUACAGGGUAAUUUUUUUUUACGACUAACGUUUAGAAUUUGUCAAUUUUUACGCCUAACGGCUAUUGGUUUUAAACCCUAUUGAGGCCCUCGUAACUGGAAAAAGGUCAAAGAAAAACUAAACAUUGCGUGCGAGCUAAAAAAAAAAAAAGGGAAAACGGACAAGAAAAUGAAACUGUUUUGUUACACCUGUGUGCCACAAGGCCCUGUUUUAUUCCUGUAAUUCCCCAACAUUGACAGUUAAUUGGCAGUCAAUUUUCUAUAGUCACACAAAAUUCUCCGACCCCAGACCCCAGACCCCCGUUCCCCGAUCUCCGACCCCCGACCCUCGACCCUCGACCCUCGACCCUCGACCCUCGACCCCCUCCCUCACCCCCUCAUCGGCGGCUCGGUGGCAGAUAAUUUUCUAUAGUCCUCCUUUUAUACUCUGUCGACGACGACGACUGUUUUCCCUCAUCCUUCUCCCCCAAAGAUAGACAAUAAUUAGUCCGUAAUCAUGGCUUCAUUAGUAAUUCUUGCUGCAAGUUAAGGUUCGAAGUCAUUUUAACUUUGCAAAGAAAGUCUUUUCCCUCCCCUUCCGGAGCCAUAGAUCGGGAGAACUGUAAUCCCUUUUUCAGUUUUUAUUUAUCUAUGUAUUCAUAUCUUUAUUUCAUUAUUGAAUGUUUAUUUUUUUUUUCACCAUAAGUAUGUUCCGCCCUUGGACCGUAUCGCAGGCUUUUUUGGUGGCAAACCGAUGGAUAGAAAGGUAAUUCAGACAUCCAUAAAGGACUCUAAAUUCCAAGUAGCUUAUGUAUAGUACAUCUAAAGAUUGAACCAAAUAUUUGAGAACUUAAAUGAUAGUUUGAAGUUACAGUCUGCAGCACAGUAAUAUUAGCCCAGAAAAGUGGGUAGGUGUUGGGUUUGUGAUCAUAAAAGACUUUUCUUUUAUUUAAGUCGGCGAAGUUGUACUCCCAAACAUCCUGCAGAUGCAUAGGAACUGCUCUUGAAUUGAAGUUUCGAGGAGACACUGAACUGCUCAUUUAAUAUCUUUCUAUUUUAGAUUACGUCUCAAAAUCCUUACGCCGAGGUCUUCGUUGGGAAACCUUUCGUACAAACUGUUGACAUAAAAAACUUGACUGAGGUUGAAGAAGCUCUCCGAGACAUUAGAAACGCCAAGGUAAUUAUAUCUGUCCUUUCACGUACCGUGAGAAUUUUGCUUGGUGUUAAAACUCAGCUGCAGACCAAGAAUUCGAAAUGCAUUGUUGAAGUGAUAUGUUAGUUACCCUGUUGUGUAAAACGCUUCACCACAAAGAUAAGAUUGUAUUUCUUAACUCAUCCAUUUUAUUUACCACGUGGUCGCGUAAAAAAAUCACAUGAUCAUAACGUCACUUUUAAUGGCACGCAAUACAUGCGAACAAGAAAAAUAUAGAAACAAUACAUAAACAAGAAAAAUAGCCAAAAUAUCAAUGUUCAGUCGCGACAUACCCUGCAAGUCUAGUUUUGGUCAAUGGCCAGCGAUGACUAAUUCAUAUCACCGACUCACUUGAUAAAACUAAAAAUAUAGGAAGUAGAGACGGAUAUCACUAGCUGGAUAUCUGGAGUAGAUUGGGAAAACAACAAGGAAUUUGUAUCUCCAACGUUUCUAUUUUAGGGUGUGCCUCACUUACCUUACGAAUUUACUCAUGUUGGUAUGUUGGAGAGAGUAAAUGCUUAUGUGGAAAAACAGGUAAAACAUUUAAUAUAUCAUCUCUUCUGUACCGUGUAGAGACGAAACGGUCACGAUGUUUUGAUAACGCAGUUUCUAAAUUUACUUUCUCUUCAUAUCUAACCAGGAUUUUUGCAAGCCUACCAAUUGGCCGCCUUUGAGUGAAUUAAAAAUUUUUGUGGGAGGGAAGGGUCAGUCGUGCAUUGUAACCUGCCUUAGAAAACAGCUGAUCUGUGAGCCGAAGUUCUUCCUCUCUUUAAACGUGGAGGAAGUUCUUGAAAGGUAAAAAUCGACACCUUACAACGAAGUCAGUAAGAUAUUUUAAAAUUGAUCUUGAUGUAACCUAAGCAUGUGUAACGUAAAGUAGGCUAAAUAACAGAUCAAACUAUGAAUGACUCUUUUAGAUUUUUAAUGAACGACUUUUUGAAUGCGUCCAUUCAACUACUCUUUAGUCAACGCAUGCAGGAAACAAGCCACACAUUUUUUUCUUUUUCUUUUUGUUGUAGUAUCCAUAAUGUUUCCCUUGAAUUUCGCUGCAAGUGCUCUAACUGACUAAAUUUGGGUAUCAUGAGAAUCACUCACUAUAUUUUUCACCUUCAUUAGUUCUGGAUUUGAUUGUAAAUCAACCUUUCACCGAGAGAGCAUCUUGGCACCGUCAAUAAACACAACAGACAGCAGCUGUGUACUUCAGACUCAGCCAUUGUUGUUCAGCUGCCGAGCAGCCAGGCCUGGGGUUGUCCGUGUCUGCCCUUGCCGCUCAUAUCGUAAAGAACAAGUCGCUUUAUGCGAAACGUGCUGA